AUCCCAUUAUUCUCUUGCGGCCCACACUGCGCAUGCGUGAACGAUGUGUACGGAAGUGCUGCUCCUGGAGGAGGAGGAGGGUGAACUGAAAUGUUUAAACACGUUUUUCUAACGGGACCUCCAGGUGUGGGGAAAACCACCCUGGUCCGGAACGCUUGUGAAGCUCUGGCGUCAUCAGGAGUAGGAGUGGAGGGCUUUUACACGGAGGAGGUCAGGGAGGGAGGCAGGAGGGUCGGCUUUGAUGUGGUCACACUCACAGGAGACAGGGGCCACCUGUCCAGAGUCAGGGACGGUGCUGGUGGCUCUCAGGGCAGACGGGAGUACGCAGUGGGACAGUAUGUGGUUGAUUUGCCUUCAUUUGAGAGUCUGGCUCUGCCUCUCUUCAGAAAUCUGGGCUCAGCAGAGAGGGGCAGCAGGAAGGUGUUCGUAAUCGAUGAGAUCGGUAAAAUGGAGCUCUUCAGCCAGUCGUUCAUCAGAGCGGUGCGACAGACUUUAGACUCUUCUUCAUGCGCUGUCCUGGGCACCAUCCCCACCCCCAAAGGCAAACCGCUGGGUCUGGUUGAGGAGGUGCGGAGCAGGACAGAUGUCAAGGUUUUCACCGUGUCCAGGGAGAACAGAAACGCUAUUCUACAAGACAUUUUAACAACUCUUGGGGAAUGUUUAAAGCCUUCAACAUGAAGGGAAUCUCCUGCAGUUGCUUUGUUUUUGUGCUCCGUGUCACCUCACAUAUCCAAGCUAUUUAAAAAAUCUGGUGGUUAACAGCGAGGUGGUGACCUAGAGCAGCAAGAUGAGAGCCGUCAGAGUGGUUAGUGUGUCACAUGCAUGUAUUUAUGUAUGCAAUAUCUUUUUCUUAUGGAUUUCCUUCUGAGUAAGUAAUUGUGAGGUGGAAGGGGAGGGUGCAUUGUUCAGCUGAGUUCUCGUUAGUCACCAAGGCCAAAACUGUUUGGCUCCAAAAAGCAGCUGAAGGAGUUCAGUUUUCUUCAUUAGACUGGAAAAGUGAUGCUUGUUUAAAUAAAGAACAAAAAGCA